AAAACCGACGCCGAACGAUCCGGCGUGACAGUAAUGUCCGUGAUUCCUCGCUUUACCAUUCAAGUUAUCGGUAUCCUUUGUUGCGCGAUAUAAAACCAUGUAAAACGCGACACACGUUCGUUUAGCUUGUACAGACCGUUGUUUCGAUUAUUUUAGCGCGAUAACUAUCGCGUUUCUAUACUUUCGUGGAUGCGUGUUCGCCAGUGAACAUGUACUCCCGUUUAACGUCUAUGCGACAACGAGUCGUUGCAACGCGCCGCUUUAAAGUUGUUUCGGGUUAACGAUAGUUGUUUCAAGUUGUUUCGGUAACGAUCUGAAUCAAGACGCGAAAUGUGUUCGUCGGAACGAAUUACCGAGAGGAGAAGGGCCUCGAAAGUAAUUUUCGAAAGGACACCGAACCAUACUUUGACCACGAAGAUGAAGACAAAGAAAGCUACGUAACGUGGAUUGUCACGAGUAACGUGGGUGUAACCAGCGGCCGUCUUUCGAGAUGCGAUUCAACAAGCAGGAAUUGCUGACUUUGGCCACGCAACCUUCGCAGAAAUUCGAGAAGGAGGGUAUAUUGUACGUACGCGAGCGACAAGAAGGCUUCUUUCGCAGAACUGAGAGUACAGGUAAACAAUCUGACAACAAAUUUCAAAAGGGAAAAACGCAUAAGACACUGCGAGACUUCAGUUGCGUUACAGCCAGUACGAGUAAAGUAAGUUUGGAGAGAUGGUGCAGAUUACGGGGGAACCUGCUGUUUUAUUUCAAGUCGCGGGAGCAGUGGUCGGAACCACUGGGAGUAAUAAUACUCGAGCAAUGCUUCGUACGGGUGGAGCAACCGAGCAAUCAUAUUCCCUAUGGAUUCAGCAUAGUUUUCGACGGAGGUUUGUUUCAAGCGUUGGGGGCGAAUUCGGCCGAAGAGAGAGACAGUUGGCUGCAAGCUCUUCAAUUGGCCAGCUACGAGUGCAUGCGGAGUCAGUUGCUGGCGUUGCGGCAACGAAUAGAGGCGUUCAGCGGGCACAAACAGGACACGGACAUACAAAUGUUGCGGCUGCAACGUGGGAUUUCGGCAGAUCCCGCCGAGAUACCGAUGUGCGAGAUGUCGUUGGCGUGCGACAACCUCCUUUGCGACGGCCACGGUCGGCCGCCUAAUCCAGUUCUGGAGGUGGACGUUCAGACGAAAGGUUCCAAGACGUGGAUCAAGUACGCGAAAACGGAAGUAGUGGAGCGAAGCAGCAAUCCCGGUUUCCUAACGACCGUGAGCUUCAGAGCCAGCGACGGGCUGACCACGGGAACGAAAGCGAGGAUAACGGCGUACGAUGUUAGGGAACGCGUGAGUCAAACAGCGACGCCGAUAGGAAGCGUGAUCGUGACUUUGAGCGCGGUUCAAGAUACUCCCAGGUUAAGGAUACCGUUGAAGUCGGCGAAAACGACGACCGUGGGCUUUUUAACGAUCAACGUAUGGAAUCUAGAGGCGGAGGACAAAGGGAACAGCACGGAGAGCACUCCGUCGAAGGAACCUAUUUCAGGUCCGAAUCAACAGAUACUCUCGCACAGGCGUUCGCAAUCAUUGCCACCUCGGCUGGGAACAAAAAUCAAAUUGCCGCAUCAAGGACAACUCAAGCUUCUUUUCGCCAAUCCAUACAUGCAAACUUAUAGGUUUCACUCCGGGUUGGGCGGGGAUAUCUGCGUCCACGAGAUCAUGGCCGAAAGUAAACUUUGUUUUCAAUUUCCGCAACACUUACUGGCAAUUUGGAUUCACGAAGAGAAGGAAUUGCUGCAAGAGGUGGCCGGUAUGGGCGAACUACGAGAACCUUGGCACACCAAGCAAAUCGAAUUGCUCGAUCGUCACCUGCAUCUCUUGCACCUCUAUUCGCAGGCUAAAGAGAAUUUGGCUGCCUUUAAAGGGAGUUAUUUCAAAAAGUCGUCGCGCAAAAACGAUAGAACUCUGGAGUUCGCGCCACUGAACUUGCACCUCCAGAGAAUGUGGGUCCAUAACGACACCCUGAACAAAUGCGGAUUCUACGACUUUAUAACCGUUGGGGCGUUUACCGCGCAUUCGCACAAAAGCAAAAACGGUGGUCUUAUUAGAUUGGUGCAAGCUUUGAAGGAAUCACCGACCCGAGGUACCCAGUUGUAUCAAGGAACGUCGAAGAUAACGAUGGCGCACGACGCGAUUCAAGCGAUCAAGCAACUCCGGCGGGACGUCGUCGACGCGAUGCGUGCUUUGAUGAAGCUCGCGAAAGAGAAACAAACCAGCGGAAUGUUGCCGAUCUGCGAGGACAUGAUCACGAAAACCAGGAUUCUUCUUAGUCUCUGGGAUCCCGGUUUGGUCGAGGAAGCGUUAACGUUUCUCGAAGAAUACAAGGUAGCCAAGGUUCCCGAUGACGCGAACGAAGACACCCUCAACCUAGAUUUCAAAGCGAAUCAGUCCUUGUCCCCUUUCAAACGGAUCACUCAACAACUGAAUUUCGAUCUGAAGAGCCCGGAUUUCGACGAUUUCGUCACGCCCGAUACUCCGGAGUGCGUGAAGGAUAUAUGGAUGAAGGAAAACGAGAAGAACAGUUACGCGACGUUUCCUCUGAAAAACGAUCGGGAACGCGACCGCGAACGAGCGAAGCAUAUUAGUACUAUUGGUAACGAAGAUGCGGCGGCCGAGGAAAACUUCGUACUUUUCCCGGGAGUCGAGAACGACACCAGCAAGGAAACGGAAAUCGGAAUGUGCACGGAAACGAAUCACUCUGUUCCCGGUGUCGGUCAAAGUCGAACCGCUGCCGAUGACAAUGACAACGAUAAUGACAACGACGAUAACGACAAUGCGAACGAUAACAUUGUCGUCAACGAACUCGAGGACAACGAAGAGAGGGAGGGAAUCAAAGGCGAGAUUGAUUCGUGCAAGCGGUUCUUGGAUACUCAAAAAAUGUGCAACUCGCCGUCGGCGAAUUAUUACAAGCCCACGGACGAACCAGAACCUUGGGAUCUGACGCAGUUGAACAUCGAGGCGAGCGUGAUGUGUUUGGUAUCGAAAGUCAAGUUUCUCUGCGGAAGGUGCAGCAGCCCGGCGGUGCGUUUACGUAGCAAAAACUCCGUUGGGAGGUCACACAGCCUGAAAGGAUGCGUUCCGAACAAUCGUAACAAAAGUACGGAAGUCGUGACCAUCCAGCCGAAAAACGACGCGAAAAACGACGAGUCGAGCAAGCUUCUCGAGAGCGUGGAAAAUCGUAUCGUCUCGCGACAACAGCCGAGCCCGAGCUCGGAGAAAACGAUGCCAGCCUUCUCGAAAGCCAAAGAAGUGUGCCAGGCAGUCGACUCGAUGACGAGAGUAAUAAAAAGCAACUCGGGACAGAGAAACAAGUUCACGGAGGGACUAGAUUUCGCGUCGAUCGUCGACUGGACGAGCGAGCUCAGGCCAAGCAUGAAGAAGCUUCGGCAAGCUAUGGACGGACUUCUGAAAACCGCUAGAUUGACCCAUUCGGUAUUCAGAGUGCAAGAGGACGCGAAAAUGGCUCAACGUGCUUGCAACGUUCGGUACAGACGAGACGUGUGCUUCAGCCAAGCGUUGACCAGCUUGGUAUCAGGCAUAAUGGCGAAGCUUUGGUGUCAAAGGCCCGAUCCCAUGUUUCUUUUAAUUUUAACCACCCUAGGUCCUCUGGUCUCGUUCGAAGGGCUUCUUAGUUAUUACGGAGACGAGAUAGACAUGUGGGGAGACAUGGCCGUGGCAGUGGAAGAUAUGCACACCGUAACGUUUACCUUGACCAGAUGCGGAAUUCAAUCGAGGCUCGAAGGAAACUCCAACGUCCCGCUGCUUCAGAUGCCGUUGCCAAGAGUGCUUGGAUCCCGUGCCGCGUUGACGGUGAUGCUUCCAGUGCCGGAUGCGAUUUAUUCUCUGCUACCGUUGGUUCCCUCUUCCAGACAAACCAUCUCCUUUAAUGUUACUCCUGUCUUCUUCAACGUCGGUAUCAACGAAAUGGCCUCCCUGGCGGAGAGCCUGGGAACAACGAAACCCCAGGAAAAGAGCAACAUGGACAAUUUCGACAGAUUGAACGAAUACUAUCUGCGAUUCAAGAAGCUCAGCUUACCGACGGAAACAUCGUCGACUCGACUCGGCUCGAGAUCGGCGCUCGGUCAAACGUUGGCGGACCUGAUGACCAAUCUGAAGACGAGCGUUCAGGCUAGAGUGAACAAGAACGUCGAAAUCUUGCAGCUGUCCUCGCAAAUCUGUCGAAGGAUGCGCGGCUUGAGGUUCACCAGUUGCAAGAGCGCCAAGGAUCGCACAGGCAUGUCGAUUACUCUCGAGCAAGUAAACAUACUGACGAGCGAGUACCAUCUGGCCGAGCACGAAUACCCGAGAGCUCUCGACUGCAUGCGAAGCGAGGGCUGCCGACGAGAGAACACCUGGAAGAACAUCGGUAUCCGAAAGUACGCGUUCAACAGCUUGCAAAUAUUGACUCUUCCAAAGCUGUAUCGUCCACCGACAGGAACUUACGGAUCGGCGCAAACUUAAGUCAAAAACGUUGGGUUCCGUUCUAGCGUCGUCUCUCCGACGUACGAUCUUAUUUAACGCGUUAAUCGCCGUAAGGAAUUUUUAUCCCCUUCUUGAACCCACGUAAGUGCACGUCCAAUUGGACACACGCGGCGGAUCAACGCGUCGAUACCGUGCAUGCGUUCGAGGAAGACACUCAAGUAAGGCCAGUAGCGACCCUUACGAACGGUAACGCGAUACUUUCGCGUUGCUUAUCGUCGGCGCGCACGCGUGGAAUUUUUACGGAAUUUUCGAGACUCGAUUCGUUGAGCCGGGGAAAAGAAAGAGAGUGCCAUUUAAUAUAUAACGUAUCGCGCGUUAGCACGAGUUUAGAGAAAACUAUAUAGAAGGCCGUUGGAUUCGAACAAAUGUAUUUUUAUUAUUUCUGUACAUAAGAUUUUACUCGAUAAGAAACGAAAAACCGGUUGAAAUUUUAUCGAAACACGUUGUGCCAACGGUUGCGUCGACCCGUCUACUUCGUAGAGGGUGGUUGCCGCGACGAUCGCCCGUGUUCUACCAAGUAGAAUACACAGAUUGCCGGAGUCGUUGCAGUUUUUACAUGCAGUUUUUCGUCGUCGAUCUUGCGUUCGCAAAAGUGUGUCGUUUACGCGAUAGACAGGAAACCGUGUGAUGUUGUUUCUUAUUUUCGACGAAGGAGUAAACGUAGCGACGGAUAAGAGGGGUUAGAUUAAAAUUAGUUGACUAUGCAUGCAACUUUCUUCCAAAUUUAUUUGUCGACAGGGAAUUUCUUAACGUAAUAAUCAUUUUAGGUGACAACACGUUCGAGCGUCGACGAACGUCUCUUUGUACCGUGCCGCGCUCGCGACACCGAUAACUACGAUCCAUACAUUAUGAUCGUGUCGUACUCAAAAAAAUAGAACCACGCGCGUACUUCCUUAAAAAAAAAAAAAAAAAUAUAUAUAUAUAUAUAUAACUCUAGGUCUCGUCAGGGAACAAGUUGUUUUCAAUAAAUUAUUGACCUUA